AUGAGAAACCAGACAAGACUAAUGACAUUUAUCCUGCUGGGACUGACCGAUGACCCACAACUUCAAGUUCUGGUAUUUAUCUUUCUGCUUGUCACUUAUAUGUUGAGUGUAACUGGCAAUCUGACAAUCAUCUCCCUCACCUUAGUGAAUUCUCAACUUAAAUCAGCCAUGUACUUUUUCCUCCAAAAUUUCUCCUUCUUAGAGAUCUCAUUCACUACAGUCUGUAUUCCCAGAUUCCUUUAUAGCAUGUCUACUGGAGACAAAACCAUUACUUAUAAUGCUUGUGUUAGUCAACUGUUUUUUGUCAUCUUCUUUGGAGCAACAGAAUUUUUUCUCCUGGCGGUCAUGUCCUAUGACCGCUACAUGGCCAUCUGCAAACAGUUGCAUUAUGUCACCAUCAUGAGCAGCAGAGCCUGCGGAAGGUUUGUCCUCAGCUGUUGGGCUGGAGGUUUGUUAAUCAUAAUCCCUCCACUUAACUUAGGCUUAAAUCUGGAGUUCUGUGACUCAAAUGUCAUUGAUCAUUUUCUCUGUGAUGCAUCUCCUAUCCUCAAGAUCUCUUGCUCAGACACAUGGUUCAUAGAACAGAUGGUGAUAGCCUGUGCUGUGAUGACCUUCAUCAUGACCCUUGUGUGUGUAGUUCUUUCCUACAUAUACAUCAUCAAGACAAUCCUAAAAUUUCCCUCUGCCCAGCAAAGGAAGAAGGCUUUUUCCACCUGUUCCUCCCACAUGAUUGUGGUAUCCAUCAGCUAUGGCAGCUGCAUCUUCAUUUACAUUAAACCCUCAGCAAAAGAAGAAGUGGCUAUUAAUAAGGGUGUGUCAGUGCUCACCACUUCCAUUGCCCCCAUGCUAAACCCCUUUAUAUACACCCUGAGGAACAAGCAAGUGAAACAAGCAUUCAGUGACUCAAUCAAGAAGAUUGUAUUUUUCUCAAAGAAAUAA